UCCAUACUAUAUAAUAUGUCUAUAAUAUAUAGUGUCUGGUGUGGAUUUAGAGAAUCAUCGGCUGAUUUUCUCUUCAUCACUGAUUAUAUCCUUCAAACUAUAAAAGGGUUGACUUCCUUUUCUUUCUUAAGGUCAAAUCAAAGAGGGACCAACAUGGAAGAUGGUUGCAUGAUCAAAAAAGAUGUCACUGAAUUGAUUGGUUACACACCAAUGGUGUAUCUGAACAGAAUUGUUGACGGUUGCGUAGCCCGUAUAGCUGCUAAGCUUGAGAUGAUGCAGCCUUGCUCUAGCGUCAAAGACAGAAUCGCUUAUAGUAUGAUUAAAGAUGCAGAAGACAAAGGCUUGAUUAAGCCUGGAGAGAGUACGUUGAUAGAGCCAACGGCUGGUAACACUGGGAUCGGUUUAGCCUGCAUAGGAGCAGCAAGAGGCUAUAAAGUAACUCUCCUGAUGCCGUCAACGAUGAGCUUAGAGAGGAGAAUCAUUCUAAAAGCAUUAGGUGCAGAGCUCCAUCUCACAGACAUGAGCAUAGGCAUUAAAGGACUGUUGGAGAAAACUGAAGAGAUGCUAAACAAAACUCCUGGUGGUUUUGUUCCACAACAGUUUGAAAAUCUUGCAAACCCUGAGAUUCAUUACCAAACCACUGGUCCGGAGAUAUGGAGAGACUCAGCAGGGAAAGUAGAUAUUUUCAUUGCUGGUGUUGGAACUGGUGGAACGGUUACUGGAGUAGGGAGGUUUCUCAAGGAGAUGAAUAAAGACAUUAAGGUUAUUGCUGUGGAACCUACAGAGAGUCCAGUACUCAGUGGAGGAGAACCAGGUCGACAUUUGAUACAAGGGAUUGGUGCUGGUAUCAUCCCAGCCAAUUUGGAUUUAAGCAUUGUUGAUGAAAUCAUUCAAGUGACUGGUGAGGAAGCUAUUGAAACAGCCAAGCUUCUUGCUCUUAAAGAAGGAUUGCUGGUGGGAAUAUCCUCUGGAGCAGCAGCAGCUGCUGCGUUGAAGGUUGCAAAGCGGCCAGAAAACGCAGGCAAACUCAUUGCGGUGCUUUUUCCAAGUGGAGGAGAACGUUAUUUAUCAACCAAACUGUUUGAUUCUGUUAGAUUUGAAGCAGAGAAUUUGCCGGUUGAAUGAGUGGCCAUCUGUGACUCGGUUUGGUUGUGAUACAAGAUGUUUGUACCAAGAUUACAGUCUGAUUAUUCCUGAUCAUUUGUAAAAUCUAUAAAGUUGCAUAUUCAUGUGCAUACUUUAUGUUUAUCUUCAUCCUAUAAAUGAACACCAAUAAAACAGAAUAAAUAGCACGAAAGAAGGUACAACGUUUUGAUACCAAA